AGAAGAGGAGAAUCAGUGAGAGAAAGUAGCCGCGUGAGAGAAACCAUUAAGUGACAGAAAUCCACGAGUGUAGUCUGUUUGUAUAGGACAAUCUACACACAGUCAGUAGAUACCGAGAAGCUUCAAGAACCAUCAGCACACCAUAGCGUACUAGAGAAAGUGCGCUGACGAGCCCAAGAUUGUCCAUCGUCUCUCCUGCACGUCUGUCGCCAUUUUUUUGUUUCCGGGCGAAGAUCUUUCGGUUUUCUCUUUGCUGCAGUUCUAUUCACCCGCCCGGCGCUGCUGGUGCGACUGGCAUAUUGCGACUCGUGUGACACACGGCGCAUUGCUUUGUCAUGCUGCUGGACAGGGCGACACAUCCGUCAAGCUGCAGCACGUCGGCUGUUGUCCGUAACAAGCGCCCGAUCAAACCCACAGCUUCCGCGAGCGACGCGGGGUCAUCAGACGGAAAACUCUUUUUCACCAGGAGGUCACCAUCCUCGUUUCCGACGAGAAAAUCUAAAACAAUGCGCACCAGCUGCCGACUAGCGACGCCGCUCUCCGCGCUCGCGGCGUCCGCGCUCUUCUCCGGUGGGCACCAGCAUCUUCCAGGUGGUAACAUAUUGUCCACCGCAAACGCGAUGGUGAUGAGCCGGGAGAUGUACCCGGAUAGCACUAAACAGAAGGUGCAAGACCGGCGAAAGGAGCGGCAGAUGUGCGGGAAACACACGUGCCAAGCCGAAAAAGACCAGUUUCGGGCGGAACACAACAGCCGCGUCGCCGAGAUUGACGCGUGGCUGCGACGCGGGUUGGAGGGGUGGUUUAUCAACGAAACGUGGAAGGAGCAGGACAACUUUGACAUGUGCGUGCAGUCGUACGAGGAUUACGCCGACACCAUGGCACUCGAUGACGAACUGCACCGGGAAAAAUACCACAUCUUGGAAGCGCUCACGCGGAAAGCCAGCCAGAAACCGGUAUACAGAUGCAGUUGAUAAUAUACAGCGGAAGCUGUCCUGUGGUUGGAUCUUUAACAUGGUCGCACACACGACCUUUCUGCUGUUGAGUCGCAAUCUUCGUGUGUAUUGCUGACGUGACUACGUAUUUGCCCCGUCGCCGUUUCAAGUACAUAAUUCUAUGAUUGUUUCGCACUCGCACACAGUAUCAUGAAAAUAUGCGACACGACUUGACUAACUUUUGUCGAUCAGGUUUUACGCAAGUUUGGCGUAAACCAGCAGGAGUUUCUGAAAGGCCCGAUAGAGGACGGGUUUGAACGCGGUUUGUUUCAGGAUUUGGCCACCAACAUUCUGAACGGGCAGCCCAUCUACCUGCAGAAGGACCGGUCGAAAGCGAACACCACGGAUCACUUUCUGGCGAUGCUGGACGAGGUAACGAAGACGAAAUUCAUGGAACAGCACCCGGACGGGAUAAUCCUGAAGCCGUCGGACGGGACGAAUUCCAUCGGCGUGGUGUGGAUCCAGAUUUUGUGGAACAAAUUUGAGAUCCGCAAGUACUUCGACCACGAGGCCCGGAUCAACGCAAAGAAACCGAGCGAGGAGGAACUGGAGAAAUUGGAUUUUGGCUACCGCACGUUCGCCUUCUACCUAAACAAGGACGAAUUCUUCACAUCCCGGAACCAAGUGCUAUCCUACCUCCUCUCGGAACACAUCCCGCACUACCACGAGUACAAUAAAGACAAUGGAUUCAAUCAGAAAAAAGCAGAACAUCUUUGUGUGAGUUUUCUGAUUUUUAGUCAUCUUCAUGUGUAGUAUCGAAGUGGGUCUUCACAGAUGAAUGUGAUUCUGAUUGCGUACAAAUGUUGAAGGUACAUGCAAAAGACCGUAUGGAAUCAAGUGACACGAAAGGCGCGGUGGUUUGUCGAAGAGAAAGUUCCCGUCGGCAGCAUGCCGCCCGUCACCUGGACCCCGAGACAGGUUCUGUCGGUGGAAACGUCGCCGCUAGAGAUCCGCGUUAACGUGAUGUGCAGAGAGGUAUACUUCUUAAAGUAGUUUAAUAUGCCCAACAGAAAUUUCAUUUUUUCGCCGUUUUGCUUCAUGUCUCGAUUUCGAGAGAUUGAUCGCGAUUGUUGCAUCCAAAAAUCAUUUUCAAAAUUUCGUCAACAUGCUUCAUGCUUGUUCCCUGCAUUUCUCAUGAUCGAUCAACAUCAACUGCAGAUUUUGGGUUUUUGGAUUAGCAUCGAGGGCAACGAGUUCGACAACUGCUUGCACAAAAACGGAACGUUUGGCAUCAACAACCCGGAGCUGUGGACCGUGCUGGCGAACAACUGGGGCGGCUUGGAUGAGAACCCGCGGGCCAAGUUUGAGGAGAUAAUUACGAAAGUUGCGGAGCUGUACAUGGCUUUCCAUCCGGCGGAAAUGGGGAACAUUCCGAUGGUGCGGUUCGAUUUCUUUGCGCACCCCGAGCGCAACGGCAAAUUCUACACCUACAACGAGGGAGUCUACGGAAUCGCGGCGCAGUCCCUGCGCACCUACGAAAAGCGCGUGCAGGCCUACACGGACGAAAUGAACGGCCACAAGAUACAAACCGUGACCAGGAUAUUGUUAUCAAGAAGCAACGGUGUAGUUCUUUUUGCAUCUUGGAUUAGAAUAGGAAUUCAGCAGUUUGCCUCUAAUUGAUGGUGCAGAUGUGUGAAGAGUAAUCAAAGCGCUUGCGUUUGUUCCACAAAAAUCAUACCGCAACCACCAGAGCCGUCCUUGAACUAGUAUGAUCGCGGCAAAAUAGAUACUGACACCAAAACGAAAAGAUGAUAGCAAAAAAAUCGUUUUCCUCUCUACACUGCAACCGGCGCGAGAUGCAGAAGCGGGAGAAGAACGAGGCGAACAUGAAGAGGAAAUCGGACGAAUUACUCGAAAUCGACGGGGUCCGCGCCCAGGGCUGGCCCCUGGGGCAGAAGUACCAGAACGGCCCGCUGUACGUGGGGCGGGACGAAGUGGAGCAAGCGAAGCAAGAGGCGAAUGCCGCCGCCGAAAAGGGGAAAGUGGUGCUGGACGAGGACGCCCGGGUGUUCUACAUCGACAACUUUGCCUCCGAUGCGGAGAUGGACGCCAUCAUGCAGGCAGCCACGCCGGCGCUCGACGUCUCGCACGGGGGGUCGGUCACGGGCCGCGUCACGGAGCUGGAAGUCACCGCGCACCCGCUGCUGCGCAAAGUGGAGCUGCGAAAACACGCACUGCUGGACUUGGACAAUCACAUGCCGGGUACUAGUUCAACUUGACACGAUGUGAUGAAUUUGCAUCGCUUUUUGAUACGGUGCUUGUUCUGACCUAGCAUCGCACAUCGGUGCUGUAGUUGCAAGGGAUCAAGAUCAGAUUCAAAGAGCAAAAAAAUUAUGACGUAAGGACGAUAAACCACAAAUCCUACUACAGGCACCACCCGUGUUCGGCAGUAUUCUCCGGGUAACGGGCACCCGAUUCACACGGACUGGUGGAACAAGUACGUGGUCCCGGGGAAACCCAACAACCUGAUCGCCACCCUGCAUAUGGAACUGUCAGGAUCGAAUUUGACAAAAUCGACAAAUUUGUGAUGCAUAAAAUGCAUGACCCGAAAUACGUGUGUUGCAGAGCAGGCAAGUGAGGCCGAUUGUGAGUCUGUUUGGGGUUAGAUUUCGAGCUGCUAAAGCAGCAUGAGAGAAUCAGCCUUCUUUGCCUAAACAGCAUUACGCACUGGAUUUGGGCAGCACUACCAGAAUUUGUCAUGCGCCACUUAGAAACUGGGUUCGAACUCGAAUCCAUUUUAUGCAUGACAAAUCAUUUCGAUUUUGUCAAUUUCGAUUCUGGCACUUCCAUACUGCACUUGUUCAUGACCGACGUUGAAGAGGGCGGCGCAACCGAUUUUCCGAAACUUGGGAAAGAGGUAUUAACUUUAAAUUCACAAUAGAUAGAAGAGUGUUGCCAUCGUCGUAGCUAUUGACAAAAUGUUCGCAUGUGGCAGCUGUGCUGAGGAAUUAUGCUGCGUUAAGGUCGUGUACUACAGAGGUACAAGUGAAUGGCACUAGCUGGCUCCUGGAAGUCAAAAACAAAGCUAUCAGUUGUACCACCUUCGUUCUCCAGGUGAUUCCCAAGCGGGGCCGUUUGGCGGUGUGGUGGAGCUGCGACAAAAACGCGAAGAUCAAUCCGAUUAGCGAGCACGAGGGGAAUAUCAAGCGCAAAUAGGUCUGGGUCUGGAAAAAGCAGAGACUUGUCAUGCAGGUUUUCCAUGACUCAUGAGGUCUGGUGUGCAGGACAUAGCAUGACAGAUUCCGCGAGAUCUUUCUCGUGCCUAUUGUGCAUCAGAAACUUCUUCGAAAAAAAUUGGCCAAAAAAGGACAACCUCUGGUAAUCAUGCAACACAGAUUUUUUCACAAUCCAGAAUUAGCAUGACAAGUUUCACUGUUCUAGACCCAGACAUAUUUGCAAUCCAUAGGGAAGGAGAUUAUCCGCGGGACGAAGUGGACGGCGACGACGUUUAUUUACAAUUACAUGGACCGGUGCAUGCCGAACGUCACGAUGGACACCCCGGUGCAGGCAAUCUACCCCGACGACUUCCAGUGGCCGGCAGGGGCCGACGACCACGCACAUCCCGAGGGAUCGGAUUCGGAGGACUACGAUCACACUGCGGACGAGGACCAAGACGACGAGGACAGCGCGGAGCCGGCUGCGAGUGCUUCUACUUCACGCAAAAGUGACGACGACAAGGGUCCGGCCGGCGAGCUCCUCGAAGCGGGUCCCGAGAAAGACGUGGGCGUGGUGGUCUCGGAGGUUGCAGAAAAGAAGGACGAUAACGAUAUGUCGAAAAAGAAGGAGGACAAGAUACAAACGGAAAGCAAGAAGAACGACGCAGACAAAACUUCUGCAGAGAAGAUGAAGGAGGAGCAGCAAGCUGCCGCUUCCAAAGACCCGGCUGCUAAAAAGCAAUCCGAGAAGAUGAACGCCAGCGAAAAUAAGAAAAGCGAAAAUGACAAAUCCGCAACUUCAAAAACCGCGUCUUCCGAGGGCACGAAGGUAACGCAGAAGAAGAAGGAUGAAAAAGACCCCAGCCUGAUCGAUCCGGAGGAGAUUAUGAAAAAGAGGAGGGCGCUAUUCUGGUCACAAACGCUCCCACCCUAGAGUUGUUUAUGCAAAUCUGCAUGCUUAAAAUGUUUCUCAUGCGCGGCCCAAUGAGGAGCAACUUGUAGGUGUGUUUUCGAUUUUGUCAUGCUAUAAUCAGGAUCAGGCGGGCAAUUUGUGAUGCGGCUGCACUAGCUAGACACCAUGACAAAACUGUGGAUCCAAAGAAGCUGUCAUGCCUGACACCCAAAACUUCUGGAUUUGUCUAGCGGAUUCCCCAUUUCGAGUCUUGGGCGGGAACUUUUUUGCACAUGAUAGGCUCACAUGCAGGGCGAGAAGGUGGAAGACUCCCACGAGGGGGCUUCCGAUAGCUCCGACGCGGUGCACGAGGAAAAGCCUGCCCGGCCCAUGUUCCGCGCCGACGGCAGGGACAUCUCUGAGGUAUGCAGUGCAAAAGUAUCGUGCUAGUAUAAAUUAUCGCAUGACAAAAAAAUCCAUAUACAACAAGAAACCGGGAACUUGUCACGCAGCAUCAGGUAAGAAAGAAGAUCUGUGAUGCUUGGUUACAAUUAGAAGCACGGGUGCGAUGCUUUUGCAAAGUGCAUAAGAGGAAUCCGGCGACGAUCUGGACGACAUGGAUUCCAACGAAGGGCACUCCUCUAUGGAGCUCUCAAAUGUUACAUUCUCAACUGUUACAUGAGUUUGUAAUGCAAAAGUGGCAACAUUGAAAGGGGGGGGAGAUUGCGCUUCUUGCAUUACAGGUUUGGCGCAGCUUCUAAUGCUAUCUAGCGAGUCGAGAACUUUUCAUGCGAAGGAGCUUGAUCAUGUAGAUCCUGAUCGCCAUUUUGCAUCACAAAUUCAUGCAACAGUUGAGAGUGUAAUGAUUGAGAACGCCAUAGCCUCGCUCGAGAGCAGCGACGACCGGAGCAUCCCGGAUGUCAGUGUGCACGGCGACGCGUCGCACGGCACCGACGACCGCACCCACAAGGAACAGCGCAAGAAGGACAAGGGCUCGAGUGACGAGUUCAUGGUGGACGGGGUCCACUACCACAAAAAACACGACUACCUGGACGACCCGGACUAUGAAGGCUUGCGCGACCUCGACAGCGGCGAGCCAGGCGAUGGUCCCGACGACCGUAUCGCAUCGAAAACCAGUAGCAGCUCUUUUUGUCGAAAAAAAGGAGGAAGGUCUCUGCAUUUAUUUGCAAAAUCGUUUCGUAUGCAAAAAUUUCUUUCGGUGAAGAACAGGAAGCGGUCUUUUCGUCAUGAGCACAGCACGCGAGUUCAUGUUCAUCUCAGGUGCGAAUCGGCACUGAAAUUUUUAUUGACGCGCGUCUCUUAAUGUGCAUGAUGUCAUUCUAAAUGUUGACGAAGCUCCUGCUCAAGAUCAAAUAUCCUGGACGCGACAACCAUUAUAGCAUUACAGCACCAGCUGCCUUUAGCUUUACCUCUCUUCUGCCAGCGGCUGCACGACAACAAGCUACUAGGUUAUUUUCAACUUGAUUCAGGCCGAUGCGGAGUAUGCAAAUACCAAACUUUUGAGUCAUGGCGAGAAUAUGCGGGUCAGGAUAGUGCCGGUGAACGGGCAAAAGGGUGUGGAGCUCCCGCCCGGUUCCGUGAAGAACACGAAACCCAAUGUAGAGUAUGUUGAUUCGUCCGAUGAGGAUGAGGAUAGCAAUGCUGGUAAUCAGGACCGAAAGCGGCCACGCGACUAUCCCGAGGCAAAAAGAAAAAUUUUGAGUCAUUUCUGACACGGUCGCACACAAGAACAUGAUCCGGUUGCGAGCGUUAUGUGUUUAUGUGGCUAUUUUACCUGCGUGUAGAAGUAGAAAAUUUCUAAAGUAUGCCAUAGCCAUGCAACUGAGAAGUGACACGCGUUGAGCAAAAAUCACGAGCCGGGCUCCUGUUUCUGGUCCUUAUUAUGCGUUGCCAUUUUUCUUUUUGCGAUGAAGAUGUCGCCACCAGAACGGUUUCGUCUCCCUCCCUCAUUUGCACGAACUUGUACGACAUGACUCAAAUUUUGGCAUCUGUAUACCCUCCCGGACAGCGACUCAGAUGCGGAACACCAGCGGGGUCACCCUGACGACGACAUGGGUGGUGCCUCCGAUGACAUGUCGGAAUUAUCCAAAAAAAGAAAAAAGCUAGCACGAGUAUUUGCAAUGCAAAAAUGAAUAGAAGCAAUUUCAUGAAGAAUGCGCCUACUAUGUUGCUAAGAAAGACUAAGCAAGACAGACUUGUAGUUUGUGUAUUCAUUUUUGCACAAGUACAGAGGUGGCUUUCGCUUGUUUUAUCGGGCAUUCAAAUCCGAUGAUGAUCACGGGCGGAAGAACCACCACGAUAGCGCGGUAUCAGAAGGAAAAAUUCCCCCUCCCCACAUCGAAACGAAAUUUCUGGUGCUGGAUUUGCGUACACAAAUCAGAUUUGUCUUGCAGUAGAGGACUGCAGGCCCAUAUCGUGCCGGAGUCGAGAGGUUCUGGCCUAGGCACUUAGCAUGAGGAACGUCUAUGCCAUAGACCCAACAGCAUUACAAACCGCCUGCAUAAUGGAGCGGAGCCUGUGGCGUUGCUCUCUUGCGUCAUAGAUGCAAUUUGUGGUCACAAAUCAGCAUGGCAAAUUUUCUGAGGCGUGCCUCAUCGAUAUGGGGAGGGGGGAUUUUUCCUUACGAUACGCGGCGGACAGUGACCAUGACGAUCACCCGGAGGACGACAGUAACGAAGCGCCCAGUGGUGGCCAUGAGCACGACGAGGGCGACACGAGCGGCGAAGACCACGAAUUCAAACAAAAGAAAAAGCACGCGGAGGACGCGGGAGAACACCACUCGGAGGAGUGAAAGCAGCGGUCAGGGGUGAAACAAACAGGACACGCAGACGCACGAUGAGCUUCACAACUUCGUCAAACGUAGUAGAUUCAGUGCGACUUCUAAAAACGAAAAACGCGGACCUGCUGUGCUGGAGAAAAUUUUUUGCAGCUCCAAUUUUCCUCGUUUGCAGAAAUUCAAAUUCUACUUGUAUAUGUUUUUCGUACGUGAAAAUGAGCGGUAAUGUAAAUUUGUACUUGAUGACUUACACUUGAAAAAGUUGUUUAGCUCAAACAAUAAACCUGCAUCCAGAUCAAAUGGAGGAAAUAAUGAUCAAUCUGCAUGAGCCGAAGCUGCUUAUGCCGGUAGACGUAGAAGAUACUACUUUAGAAAUCUAUGUCACAAUGAACAAUAGGAAUAGAAGAGCCACUUACUUUGAUAGGUUUCCAAGAAUCAACCUUUGCUAAUUUUUGACUACUCUGAUGAAGACCGAUGCGAUUUCGAUUUUCUAUCUUGUUUUUCUUUCGUGUUACUCUUUAUUUUCAUUUUGCAAAAUCUCUUCCACUUGGAUUUUCCCCUUUUGCUGAAUUUACAUUUUUUUCGCUUUCGUCUAUAUGUUUUCUGCUACGUUUCCGCUCGUUCAAUUUCGCGACGCGGACAGAAAUUUGCAUUGCUUUUUAGGGAUCCCAUAGGAAGUUGCUGCUCGUGUUUAUUACUUUGCUAAGCUUCUCCUACUUGUACUUAGACUUACUUACACGAUGUGAAACCGCCAGCGGACAAAAACCAAAAAACCAAAUGUAGCUAAAGGGUUCUGUUGAAAACGGAAUUUCGGUCAAUAUUUUCAUUUUGCUGCGAAAACGAUCUCAAGG